UUCGUACAGCUCUGGUUGCUUUGAUAGCAUUUAUGCCAACGAACCCUGGUGGUGCACUGGGCUCCCUUGACUACCCCAAGGGAGAAAGGCGCCAACUUGCUAUCAAGUCACGUGAAACUGCGCCAAUAUACGGCAACACAGAACGGCAAAAGCUAAUAAAUGAGAUCCAUCAAUACAUGCUCAGUAAGGUUCCACCAAUUCCUGAGCUCCCCCCUCCUUCAAGCAUUAAUGAGGAGACCAACAGCAGCAUAUCAGAAGAAGCACAGCAAACCAAUGCUAGCAAUAAUGAGGCACCACCGGCGGAAGCCGUUGUUCCAAACCCACAAGUUGAGGGUAUGGCAGCUGAGGAUAUGCAUGAGCUUCAUGUUGAUGCAGCAGCUGGGCGUCUACGACUAAGCUUUCGUGCAGAAGUUGCUGUAUCGCGUGAAACAAUACCAGAAAGGGACUCUGUGAGAGCUCAGAAGCCCAUGACUGACCGGUUUUUCAAUUGGGCGGCCAUUGGACUUGUUGUUGCCAUUGUGGUUCUCCUAGUGAAGAAGUUCCUGAAGUCCAAUGGUAUAGCCCCUUAUUUAGAUGAACUGUGAAUUACUACAUGAACUGAAGAUACAUGUAGUGCUUUACAAAAUCUACUGCUACGGUAAACAUUUGUUUGUACUUAUAAAAUUCUUAUAAAAAUGUUCUAGAACACAUGUUGUGUAUAGUCGGUUCCUCCGGAAGUUAAUUGCACAUGUUGAUCUACUCACAAAAGAAAAAAUAAUCUAUUUUGUCUUUCCAGAGCUGCUACAUUUCCCAAAAGCAUUUACUACAUUUCAAGGUCGAGCAAUCUGUUCUGUUAGAUUAAAUUGUAUGAUAAUUAUUCACUACAGACACAUCAUUUAGACUGUGAAAAUUGGAUAAA